AUGAGUUUCAACAGUAGUUUUCCAUUAAAUUCUACCCAUCGAACUCCGCUUAAAAACAAGAGAGUUAGACAUUUAUUAGAUAGAGAUGAAUCGCUUAACAUUUCAACAAUACUUAACGAAUCGGCUACGUUCAAAACUCUCAACGAUACAAGCUUGAGACAAGUAUUAGACGAAUCUUCAGUUUUGAUAAAUACAGGCAGUGCUGGUGAUGGUUUAAAUGAAGCCUUCUUUGAAAUAAUACAGUCUAGUCGUCCUAGUAUUGUUCUGGAUACACUUGCAAGGUUGGCGCAAGUUUGUUGUGAUUCACUCGAACUUGUUGAGCCUUGGAAUAGAUACAACGCUCAAAAUUAUUGGCUAGCAGAAGAAGCAAAUACAUGGAAACUAAUUCUUAGUCUGUUUGCCGAUUCAAUAUCCGAACACCCUAAAUCUUUCGACAGUGUAAUAGUUGAGCCAACCUUAUCUCAACAAAGUUUAGUGAAUGCUUAUUUUGAAACCGAUUCUGAAGUGCGACUGCUGCAGGUAAUAGUCGAUUGGCUCGAGGCCACUGCGACAUAUCAAGAAGAAGCCACACAGACAGCUGCUCCAGUUAUAGGUAACGACAUACAUUGGGGUAACACACUUCACCAGCUACUGAUUGGAUCUAGCUUAUACAACAAGGAGAAGAAUACAUCUAUGAUCACAUGUAUGGAUCCCGAUGCACCGAGACGUCAGAAUAAAACAAUACACUCUGAUGAUAAAAAAGAUGAUAGUGAUUUGUGCAAGAGACUGUUUACACAAGUCCGAUGUGGAAAAUUUCAAGAAGCAGUAUCUUUAUGCAUCAGUGCGGGUCAAGCAUGGCGUGGAGCUGUUUUACAAGGUUGGAAAUUACUGCAUUAUCAACCAGGUGAAGUUGGUGGUACUUUAGAAGUCACGGGGAACUCUUCAAGAGAUUUGUGGAAAUGGUGUUCCUUAGGUAUAGCUAACAACACCAGUGAGAACAUAUAUUAUAGAGCCACUAUAGGAAUCUUAUGUGGUCACCUGUCAAGUGCCCUACCUGCUUGUCAAGGGAAUUGGGAAGAUUUGCUUUGGGCUCACUUAAGAGUGCAAAUAGAAGCUAGAGUGGAUAAGUUCUUACAUGAACACCAUGCCACGGCUGAAGCAAACACCACACCAUCAGAUGUUUUGGAUUUAUUACAAAAUGAACUACAAGUCGAUGAAAUGUCUCUACAACAAAUCUUUAACUCUGUCAAAUCUUUGAUGGACGGAAAAAGAGAGUCAAAUUAUCAAAUGUGUCAACGCAAUCUCAUGCUUGGACAAAUAAGAACUAUUAUGCAAGAUUCACUGAGAUGGCUUGACAGUGCUGAGGAAAGGUUCAUAAGGUUCUUAGCUCAUUUAGUUAUUGUGUUAAGACAGAUGGGUAAAGAUCCUCAACAUGAUAUUGGAGAUCAAAUUUUGGAGAAGUAUGUUUCUCAGCUUAUUGAUGGUGUCAUUGAAGGUGCCUGUGAGUGUCCAGAGCUAAUGGCCUAUUACACUUCUACUGUUCCUGUUGAGAGGCAGAUAGCUCUGUAUGCCCAAUUAAUGGACAGAAUACAUAAAAGUGAACAUAGAGAUAAAGUUGUUCAAGCUGGGUGUAAAGCAGGAAUUGAUGUCGCUGCCUCAGCUAGAGUUGCCAUAAAGAAAGCGAUUUCUGACAUACAACAGGGAUAUGGAAAUAUUGAUUUAACAUUCACUCAAACAACUGCAGUAGAAAAGGAUAAAACAUUGAUAAACAAUGUAAUAUCAUCCCUUGAAUGGUUGUCUCUGAUAUCCAAUCAAAUUGAAGAAGCUCUUUGGCUAAGCAAUGCCAUGAUCCGCACAUUCAUUUUUAUUGGCAACACAAGUGCUGCCUUACAAUGUGUGAACAGUACUAGUAACCUAUAUAAAGAUUUUACAAAUAAAGUUCCCAAAAAUUCUUCCGAAUUAAGAGAACAUAUAUGCUUAAAGUCAUACUUGGAAUCAAUAGAAGCAUUUGCUACUUGGUACAGACAUUAUGCAAGUGGUCAGCCAAAAGAUGUGGAACCGUUAGCUCCAGAUGCAUCAUUCUCAGAUAAGGUUCAUCAUGAGCAGAGAUGUGCUCAAGUUGAGCAGCAAAAGGCUAGAUGGAAGAAUGCUGUACUCCAUCAAUCUCGGCACACAAAACAAUUGCUCUAUAAUGUUCUUUUAUUCCCUGGGGGUUGGCUACAAGAUGAAAAUGAUAGCACAUCUUCACACAAUUUUACUCGAGAAGAAAAAGAUGAAAGAACCAAGCAAUUGGAUACUUUAAGACGAUUGUGUCUUCCAGAGGUUGCAAUUUUAAUCUUUAAAAUAUUGCAGAGUAGUGAUGACAUAGAAAAUCAUAAGGAGGCCCUAAAAAUAAGCAAUUUAAUUGCCAGCGAAAAUCGUGGUCUUUAUAAAGUGUUCACGAAAAGUAAACUCUUGGAAAUAUUGGACAGAAUUAAGGAAUCUUCUUUAUUCUUGAUAGAGAAGGGUAAAGAUAUACUUGGUUAUGAAAUGGAUGAAUAAUUAUUUGUUAUCAAUAAUAAAAAAAAUUGCAUUUUAA